AAGUCUCCAUCUUUGGCAACUGAGCACUCGUUCUUGUCUUUUCAAAUAUUUGGAUCGAGUUGGAAGUGGGGUUAGGGUGCUAGAUCAUUCAUUGCAAGGGUUGUCGGUGGGGGUUUAAGACGAAGAAGAAGAAGAAGAAGAAGUAAAAGAAGAACAAGGGAAUUGGAGGAUAUGUCUCCGUCGAAUGGUAAUGGUAAUGGCAGUGGAGGAGGAAAUGGGGCGAACUAUAUAGAGCACCAAGUAUCCAAGUUGGACACCCUCGCCGGUGUAGCCAUCAAGUACGGUGUUGAGGUUAAACCAGUAGUUUUGCAGUCAAGUUUUGUGUUUUGGAACUUGGGAGAUCAAUAGUGCUGCUCAAGUUUUAAUGCAAUCGGUAGCUGACAUUAAAAGGAUUAAUGGCCUGGCCACAGAUUUUCAAAUGUUUGCUUUGAAGACAUUGCAAAUACCAUUACCAGGAAGACAUCCACCAUCUCCCCUUGUGUCAAAUGGGUCUGCUUCUCCAGGGCUCCGAAGACAACCCAUCAGCUUCCUGACCUUUGCUUUCUUCAAGAUUGUUUUAAGAGAAAACAGCUCCAGAAAAGCACCCCCGUGCCUGGGACAAUCUAACAUGCUGGGAUCAUUACAGUCCUUAAGAGUGAAAGCACCUCAAAAGAGGGUGUCUCCAGCCAUGAGCACUUUACAGAAUUACUAUAAUCUGAAAUCUCCAAAUUUCAAGGGUGCAGCUCAAGGCACAGAGAUGACAGUCUACAAAACCGAAAGGUCAGACUUCUUUGAUGAUGGGCUGCUGCCCAAAGCCUCACCAAUUUCUGAUACACCUUCAAAUUGCUGUCAGAACUCCAGAAACUCAGAUAAUGGUUACUUGCCUGAGAAUGGUGUGGUGACUGAGCAUGUGCCUUGUGCUGACCCUGGAGAUGGGGACGGUGAGAAAUCUGAUGAAAAGUAUGUCCGAAGGCGUUCAAAACCUGAGGUUGAUACCAGAGGUGGAACACCAGAAAGGUUGUUGAAUGGAGAAAACAGUGGUGGGAGCAGCGGCUUCUCAGUUUCUAUGGGUAAAGGUUUAGCAAUGAGGCCCAAAUCAGCAAGCCGAACAACAUUAGUUGAUUCAGAGUCAGGAUGGUUGAGUUCUAUUCCAGUGGUGCUGGGAGAUUCCAUUAUAGCUGAUGGGCCAGCUGCAGUUCGUAAAUCAUCAAGCACAUCAAGCCUGAAAGACCAGGAAACUAACACCUCAACCUCUGCUUGGCCAACUUCUAAGUGGAGCUUAAAAACAGACUUGCAAGCUCUAUCAGCUGCAGCCAUCACCAGGCCAAUUUUUGACGGCUUACCAAAACCAAUAUGUGGCCGUAGGAAUAAGGCUGCCCUUGAUUAGCAUCAAGCAUUUGCAGUAUGCGCAUUUGUGGAACCAGUUUGUUUCUUUACUACAAUUUAAUGCACGGAAAUUUCUGAGUCAGAAAGACAGAUACAUCAUAUAGCUGCUUGGAAAGGAAGAAAAUGUUCAAGAAAGGAAAAGGAAGACAGGUAAAUAUAUAAUACGAUCCUUGGAAAUCUAUUCAUUUAUUAGUGAUUAGCCAUUGUUCUUUGAGAAUGACAUUGAUAGUCUGAAGCAAUAAAUAGCAGUUUUAGGGAAGUGUUAGUCAAAUUAAUUCACUUCGUUUCUAAAAGUGCACCUCAACACAAUUGUAUCAUUGAAUGCAUAUUGGCUAUCUCAUUGAGAAGAUUGUAUAUUGUUAUAAAUAAUACUUGGAAGACGCUAGUUUUCUAAUGAAAGUGCCUUUGGAUGAUAACAUCCAUAGAUGUCAAAUGUCCUUGGCAUCUAAA